CUCUGGUGCCUCGUAGGCAAACAGCAAGGUUCUGACCAGGACAUUUGGUAACUAAGCAAUUGCCAUGACAACUUCCCUUGUUUGGACUCAGUUGACUGGAUUCCAGAAUAGGAGGAGGCCUGCUGUUGAAAACCUGAAGCUUGGGGAAAAGGAGUCCAGCAGGUUCUCAUGCGGGGCCACGAUGUCAGAUAUCAUGGUGAAUUUGAAGUCCUUUCAGUCUGAGCAUGCGGUGGAAGAAAGUGAGCAGCCCUUGCUGUGUUUGAGAAGCCGCUGCAAGGGGCUGAUGGUGAAUGCAUGUGCCCAUGCUGUCUUCUUCUGCAAGCUGCUCCAUGCCCUCAGGCAGAAAGCGAGUGGGAAGGUUUCACUGAUUUCCUCCAAGGAAUCCAUGGGCAGUGAAGGCCUGAAGGUUGGGAUUAUUGGUGGAGGCCACAUUGGAAAGCAGCUGGCCAGGGCACUACUGGAGCUGAGUGACAUUUCGGCUCAGAAUAUCCACAUCUCCACCAGGAGGCCAGAGACUCUGUCAGAGUUCCAGCAGCUGGGAGUCGAAUGUUUUUAUGACAAUGGCCAGCUCGUGGCCUGGGCCGACAUUGUGUUUCUUUGUUGCCUCCCAUCUCAUCUACAGCACAUCUGCUCAGGAAUUCGUGCUGCUCUCCGGGAACCCUGCAUUGUGUACAGCCUGGUCACUGCUGUCCCGCUGCCCAGGUUGAAGCAACUCCUUUCCUACAGUGCCAUCCUGAGGCCACAGUACCACUGCACUAGCAGAAACUUAGAGAAUAUGUGGGGGACAAAUGGGACAAUCAUAGCUGCACUCCAAGACCCUAUUGUUAUACAGGCUACCUGUCCCUGUAGCCCCAAAGAGAGAAUUGCUGUCACUGGCAAGUGGUUGGAGGCCGUUUUCUAUGCAGCCCUGAACAGCUGUAUGUGGCGGCACCUGCCCCACCAGCACGCACUGAAGUUACUGAAUGAUGUAUGUUUCCCUGAGCACUGCCCCAUCUGUACAGAGCAGAAGACCUCUUGCCCACGGUUUGUGUGUGGGAACUUUGUCAACCAAACUUUUGUCUCCUCCCUGACUCAAGAGGACACCUUCCCCUGGUUUGACCUGACAACUGUACAAAUGAAGGAGUCUCCCUUCAGUCAGCUCCUAGCAAGGAGUGUGCUUCUCCAGAACCAUCUUACUUUUUUGUACUGUACCUCCUUUGGAGUUUUGCUUGCAAAGAGUGGAGGGAUGGCCAGCAGUGGCCUCUGGCAGCAGAAUGUCUUCUCUUUCUGCCGCAGCAGAUCCAAGUAUGGCGCUGGGUCAUGAGUCAAUGUCCACCCACAACUGCUAUUGAUGUGACUUGGAAAAAAGAUCAGGAGAUGUUCCUAACACUGAUUCUGAAGCUUCAUACAGUAUAACGACAGUGUGAUUCCAAACCUCCAGGGAUGGAACUGCUUUGCUAAGGUUUAAUGCUGAAGAGAACUGUGGCAGAGAUUAAGACCCCUUUCCUACCAGUUCCCAUUGUAGGAUCCAUAUGGUUGUGCGUGGUGGAGGAAUGUACGGUGAGGACUUUGUCCUGCAGUGGAAAGGAUAAAGCUGGAAUGGCAUGUAAACCUUUACCUGACCAUCAUCCACAGCACAAACCAACUGCAAAGUAGUGGGCAAAUUAAAACAGUGAAAAUGAAUAGCAUUCUUGACUCAUAAUUCUGACAUACCGGCAAGCUGCCCAACUUGUAUCCCUUUUGAUGGGGCAAGGCCAGAUGGCUAUAGAAAAGUAGGGAGAGACAGAUAUAUUCGCCCCAGGCUAAACAAAUCCCUGUUACUAGGGUAAGUAAAUGGCAGCUGCUCCAGGUCAAUUAAGACACCUGGGGCCAAUUAAGAUAUUUCCAGAAGGCAGGGAAGAUAACUAGGUUGAUUGGGACACCUGAAGCCAGUUAGGGGCUGGAUGAAACUAGCUAAAAGCUUCCCAGUCAAUAAGUUAGGUACACGUGUCAGGAGCUGUUGGAGGAACUAAGCAUUAAAAAUCCAUAUGAGGUGCAAAGAAGGAGACCCUGAGGUAACGGUGAAGGAGAUAUUGAGUGGGGGCUGCUGUGGGGAAGUAGCCCAGGGAAUUGCACAUGUCCUAUUUCCAAAAAGUCAGCUACCAUAGCUGCUACUACAGUAACUCCUCACU